AUGCGAUGCGCGAGCAAGGCCGCCGAGAGCGCGUCCGCACGUCUCUGUGCGGACGCCGAAGCAGAAACCACAGCAACUGAUGUCUCAUCGGUUGCUGAAGCGACUCAGCCUGUGUCACUUGGUGAUACAGGCGCUGGUCAUGAAGACACUCGUGUCUUCACAGAGUACGAGCUCGGUGUCUCGUACUCUCCUGAUACGGAUGACGGAUCCGUAUCGACGGCGAUCGAAUCCAAGCCGCCUGCCAGGCGUGGCAUGGACGAUGCUAUGCGUCGCAGCAUCUUUGGUUAA